AUGUCUUACCAAAUCGCCUACGACACUGCCCGGGCACCACCCCGCGGCGCCGCGUUCGUCGCAUUCAUGGAAGACUUCUACCGCACUAGCGACACCGAGUCCCUGCACGAGAAAUAUGUCCAGAGCUUCACCGAAGAUGCGACACUCAUCAUGGGACCCAAGGAGGCCAAGGGCGCAAGCGCAAUUCUCACCCUCCGCCACGGUCUUUGGACACACGUUGCUUCACGCCGACACACGCCGACGCAGAUCUACUUCGGUGGUGACAAUGAGCUCAUGUUGUAUGGUGGCGUGAACUAUAGACUCAAGGCUAACCCCGAUAAUGAGGUUUAUGUGCCUUGGGCUGGACGGGUUGUGUUCGCGCCCCAGAAGGGGGAUGAGGAUAUCAAGAUGCAGUUUUAUCAGGUUUAUUUGGAUACCGCGGCGCAGUCGGGAAAGAAAUGA